CAGGAUUAGUCGGGAGCAGCAGAGACAGCGCUCCGGUAAUCUCCCGGUAAUAAAUGGGGGAGACGGGCACGUUCGGAACUGCCGGUUCCGAGUGACACCGGAGGCCCCCCGCCCCCUUCCUCUGAAACCCCCCUUGAAGGAUCCUGCAUUCGGAGCAUGAUGGGUAUCUUCGUGACGCCGCAGCAGACCAAUGCGCUCCGGGCAGGUAAACGCAGCAGCAGCUUCACCUGCGAAGUCACAGCGGAGGACAGCGCAGCUCCUCAGCGGACUCUCUGCUGACUGAGACACACCGGGACGGACGCGCAGAUACCUCAGCCUACUUCUACGAUGGAGGAGAGCCUGCCAGAGUAACUUCCAGCAGCGACCCUCACUAGCCACACCGCAGACCGUCACAGAGGACUCCGUUCGUCACGAUGAGCCGAUAAAUUCCUGCUCGCCGCUGCUUUCCCCGGACAGUGGAUUGACCGUCUCCUGACAGCAGAGGAGACGAGCAGAGAGGCCUUUAUUCGUUUGUUUCAGUCCUCAGAUGGACCGAGUGCCAACGGCACUGGCCGCUAAGAUGCGCUGGAUCACGCUGGUGCUUGCCGGCUUGACUUUCUGGGGCAAAGUGACUAUUUGUAACUGUUUCGACUACGAGGAGCCCGACUAUGAAUAUUAUGAAGAGGAGAGAGCGGAGACCAUCGACUACAAGGACCCGUGCAAAGCUGCUGUAUUUUGGGGCGACAUCGCUUUAGAUGAGGAGGACCUGCGCAUGUUCCAGAUCGACAGGACGAUAGACCUGACACAACACACACACAUGCACACACACUCCCGACAGGGACACACGUCUGGUGGCCUGGAGGAACACGAAACUGUGAAGAAGAGAGGAUCGUUGUACCUGCUGCUGGAAAGAAUACGUAGAUUUGGCUUUGACCUUCUUCCCAAGAAUGACAGCAAGGGAGCUGCCAGUCCGAAGAGCCAAACUGGGAAAGGUGGGAAGGCUGGGAAGGUCGUGAAGAGUCGUAUUCCUCGAGCAGCCACGUCUCGAGCUGAGAGGAUAUGGCCCGGAGGAGUCAUUCCCUACGUCAUAGGAGGAAACUUCACUGGUAGUCAGAGGGCCAUGUUCAAGCAGGCCAUGCGUCACUGGGAGAAACAGACGUGCGUAACUUUCAUUGAGAAGACGGACGAGGAGAGCUACAUCGUGUUUACUUACAGACCCUGUGGGUGCUGUUCCUAUGUGGGUCGUCGCGGCAACGGGCCUCAAGCCAUCUCCAUAGGAAAGAACUGUGACAAGUUUGGCAUCGUGGUGCACGAACUCGGCCACGUCAUCGGCUUCUGGCACGAGCACACGCGGCCCGACCGCGACGAUCACGUGACCAUCAUCCGAGAUAACAUCCAACCAGGCCAGGAGUAUAACUUCCUCAAGAUGGAGCCAGGGGAGGUGAACUCUCUCGGGGAGCCAUAUGAUUUUGAUAGCAUCAUGCACUACGCCAGGAACACCUUCUCACGUGGGAUGUUCCUCGACACCAUCCUUCCAUCCAGAGAUGAAAACGGGGUCCGGCCUGCUAUCGGCCAGCGGACCAGGCUCAGUAAAGGAGACAUUGCACAGGCAAGGAAGCUGUAUAGAUGUCCAGCAUGUGGAGAGACACUCCAAGACUCAACGGGCAACUUCUCAUCUCCUGGAUACCCCAAUGGAUACCCUUCAUACACACACUGUGUCUGGAGGAUAUCUGUUACACCUGGAGAAAAGAUUGUUCUGAACUUCACCACCAUGGAUCUGUAUAAAAGCAGCCUGUGCUGGUAUGACUACAUUGAGGUUCGGGAUGGAUACUGGAGGAAAGCCCCGCUGCUUGGCAGGUUUUGUGGAGAUAAAGUUCCCGAAGUCUUGAUUUCAACCGACAGCAGAAUGUGGAUUGAGUUUCGCAGCAGCAGCAACUGGGUUGGAAAAGGCUUUGCUGCAGUUUAUGAAGCGAUCUGUGGAGGGGAAAUCACCAAGGACUCGGGCCAGAUUCAGUCUCCCAACUACCCUGACGACUACAGGCCCUCCAAAGAGUGUGUGUGGAGGAUCACCGUGUCCGAGGGCUACAACGUCGGGCUCAGCUUCCAGGCCUUCGAGAUUGAGAGGCAUGACAGCUGCGCCUACGACUACCUGGAGGUCCGGGACGGGCCGCUCGAAACAAGCCCUCUGAUUGGUCGAUUCUGUGGCUACGACAAACCCGAGGAGGUGCGCUCUACGUCGCACACACUGUGGAUGAAGUUUGUCUCGGACGGAACGGUGAACAAGGCCGGCUUUGCUGCUAACUUUUUCAAAGAGGAAGAUGAGUGUGCCAAGCCAGACAAUGGUGGAUGUGAACAGAGGUGCGUAAACACUCUCGGCAGCUUCAAGUGUGCCUGUGACCCUGGUUAUGAACUGGCCCCUGACAAGAAGAGCUGUGAAGCGGCAUGCGGCGGUCUCCUGUCCAAGUUAAACGGAACCAUUAGCACUCCUGGCUGGCCCAAAGAAUAUCCCCCCAACAAGAACUGUGUGUGGCAGGUGGUCGCUCCCACUCAGUACCGCAUCUCCAUGCAGUUUGAGGCCUUCGAGCUGGAGGGCAACGAGGUGUGUAAAUACGACUACGUGGAGGUGCGGAGCGGCCUCUCUUCCGACUCUAAGCUUCACGGUAAAUACUGUGGCACCGAGGUCCCCGAGGUCAUCACUUCGCAAUACAACAACAUGAGGAUUGAGUUCAAAUCAGACAACACCGUCUCUAAGAAGGGCUUCAAGGCUCACUUCUUCUCAGACAAAGAUGAGUGCAGCAAGGACAACGGCGGCUGCCAGCACGAGUGCAUCAACACAGUGGGCUCGUACGUUUGUCAGUGUCGCCAUGGCUUUGUACUGCAUGAGAACAAACAUGACUGUAAGGAAGCUGAGUGUGAGCAUAAGAUCCACAGCCCCAGUGGGACCCUCAGCAGCCCCAACUGGCCAGACAAGUAUCCCAGCCGUAAGGAGUGCACCUGGGACAUCACCGCCACGCCAGGACACCGAGUCAAGAUAACCUUCAAUGAGUUUGAGAUCGAGCAGCAUCAGGAAUGUGCUUACGACCAUCUGGAGGCCUUCGACGGUGACAGCGACACGGCAGCCAUCUUAGGCCGCCUCUGUGGCAGUAAGAUCCCCGAGCCUCUGGUCUCCACCGGGAACGAGAUGUACCUCCGCUUCAUCUCUGACGCCUCAGUACAACGGAAGGGUUUCCAGGCUACACAUUCCACAGAGUGUGGAGGUCGUCUGAAAGCAGACGCCCGUCAGAAGAACCUCUACUCCCACUCCCAGUUUGGGGACAACAACUACUCAGGUCACACUGACUGUGAAUGGCUGCUGACAGCAGAACAGGGCUACGGCAUCGAGCUCAGCUUCGUAACGUUUGAGGUGGAAGAGGAGGCCGACUGUGGUUAUGACUACAUCGAGCUGUACAACGGAUAUGACGCCAACGCACACCGGCUGGGUCGCUUCUGUGGUUCAGGGCCCAGAGAGGGGAUUUAUUCGCCCGGAGACGCUAUGCUGAUCCGUUUCCAUAGCGACGACACAAUCAGCAAGAAGGGCUUCCACAUCCGCUACACGAGCACCAAGUUCCAGGAGAGCCUCCACGCCAGGAAAUAACAGCGGGCCGCGACCUCUGACCCCCGUGCAGCCCCGCCACCGUUACCCCGACCUUCACCACGGCAUCGAGAACACAGCAGCUCCUCGUCCUCCUCUCCAGCCCGCUCUCGGACGUGGACGUUCGCCAGCCAUCGGCCGCCGGAGGAAGACGACUCUUGAGUGAAUAUUUUUCUCCACACAGGUCACCGCUCUUGGAUGAUGAGACUCAAUGAGAUAAAAACAAACCGGGGGGGGUA